AUGCUCCGCCACACCGCGCGUCGCAUGUCGAGCCUAUCGAGUUUCACCGGGAUCGAGGUCGACCCUUACACGGCGAAGUCGAUGUUCUUGUUUGGGUUCAUCGCGUCUGUUGGAUUCUUGUCAGUCUACUCCGUAAAGGAGACGAAGAAGGCGGGGCCGAUUGAGUUGCCGGAGGAGCUGGAAGCGCAGCGGCGGCGACACAAUGAUCCGCGGCGACCGCCGUGGCCGCUGCUGCACCAGCGCGUCGUGUUGCUCCGAGAGGGCAAAGGCGCGCCGGAGGAUAUCGCGCUUAUGUGGGAGCAGACGAAACAUUACUACCCGGCGGACUGGCUGAUUCCCCUGGAGCUCACGCAGGUGCUCAAGUACUCGAGCGGGAAGUACCUGCAGACGUAUGUGGCAGAUCCGGACGAGAUGCGCAAGGAGGUGCUGAUGCAGCUGCUAAACGUCAAGUACGGCCGUGUCAGUGAUCCCAACGGCGGGCGGGUGAACAAGGACGUCGAGGAGAUCAUCUCUAUGGCGGUCGACGACCUGGAAAACAUGGACCUGAACCCGUCCGCGGACGCGGUGCUCAUCCCGACCCACACGUGA